CUAUUAGACUUACUAGUUAGACUCAGCACUUCGACUCUGCCUGUUACAAGCUACAUUUAAAGUAUAAACGAUGGCUCGAUUAAUCAAUAUCGUGAUGAUCAUCGGGAUAGUGCUGGUAUCCGUCUUCGCAGCCGAAGAGUUCUAUUCCGAUAAGUACGAUAAUAUCGAUGUCAUGGGAAUUCUCGAAAACGACAGAUUGCGAGAUCAAUAUUAUAGCUGUUUUAUGGACACAGGACCGUGCACGACAGCAGAUAUGAAGUUUUAUAAAGAGAUCAUAGACGAAAGUAUAGCAACAAAAUGCAAGAAGUGUAAUGAGAAGCAAAAGGAAAAUCUAAAUACGUUAACCGAUUGGUACACGAAGAAUAAAUUGGAUGACUGGAACGCUUUUGUUAAAAAGAUGUUAGAGGACUUUAAGAAGAAGAAUGGUGAUCAAUAACAGCUGGCAGAACUGACAGCAACAAUAUUAAUUUGUAAUAUUACUCACAGUAAAUAACAACUAUCAGUAACAUAAAUAUCAAUGUUACAUAAUUUUCUACUCAACAAUGUAAAUGCAAUAUAACAUAUGUGUCAUGUAGUUACAUUGUUGAACAGGAAAUAAUAAAAUUGAUAUAAAGUUACUGUUAACUGGUGUUUACUAGUUAAAUUUGUAAUAUUAAAUUUUUAUACUUAGUUUCUGGUGCUGGAAAACUUUAGUAUUUUAUUCAUAACUGACACCACAAAACAUUAUCAUCCUGAGUAUGGCAAGUUGUCUUUGGGAGUGCCUUAAGACGUUUGAAGUACGUUCAGGAUAAUCUCGGGACAUUUUGUGUUGUCUAGAGUAUUUAUAUCUGUAAUAUAUAUAUUAUUAAAGUAUGAGAUCAUGCAGUAA